UGAGGCAUUUGUGCAAUUGUGCCGCACAUUUGAUUAUUUUAUAGAAGACCACGUUCACGUCGACAUGCUUUCUUUUUCGGUUUCAAGUAUGGAGUAAUUUCUAAAACUCUCGAAUUGAUUAUUAUUAUAAGUGUUUUUGCGGUUUAAAUUCACGAUGAAGCUCAACGUUUCAUAUCCAGCCACCGGCUGUCAAAAGCUGUUCGAAAUCGUCGACGAACACAGACUUCGUGUCUUUUAUGAAAAACGAAUGGGAACUGAAGUCGAAGCCGACUCGUUGGGAGAUGAAUGGAAAGGCUACAUUUUGAAGAUUUCCGGUGGAAAUGACAAACAAGGAUUUCCAAUGAAGCAAGGAGUGUUAUCCAAUGGACGUGUUAGGUUAUUGUUAUCUGCCGGACAUUCCUGUUAUAGACCUAGACGUGACGGUGAAAGAAAACGUAAAUCGGUCCGUGGAUGUAUUGUUGAUGCCAAUCUUAGUGUUUUAGCUCUUGUUGUUGUGAAGAAAGGCGCUCAGGAAAUCCCCGGAUUAACCGAUAAAACCGUACCUCGUCGUCUCGGACCGAAAAGAGCAUCGAAAAUCCGUAAAUUGUUCAAUUUAACUAAAGAAGACGAUGUACGCAAAUACGUCAUCAAACGUCCUUUACCGUUGAAAGAAGGCCAGACUAAGCCUAAAUACAAGAAACCCAAGAUCCAACGUUUGGUUACUCCAUUAACAUUACAACGUAAGAGACACCAGUUGGCUUUGAAGAAACGUAGAGCGUUGAAACGUAAAGAACAGCAAGCUGAAUACGCCAAAUUAUUGGCCAUCCGUCAAAAAGAAAAGACCGCCAGAAAGAAGGCCGAUAAAUUAAAACGAUUAUCCACAUCUUCUAAAUCUUCGAGUAUCAGAACAUCUCGCAGUUCUCAUAAAUAAAUUAUUAACCAAUCGUUUUAUACAGAACCAUCUGUAAAUUUCAAUGAUGGGAAUUAUUUUAUAAAAAUAAAAUUCUGAAAUUUUAAUAA